AUGGACAGAUCUGCUCCUUCCAACGAUGCGACGCCGGUGCGGCGCCCCGCUACACCGCUCCAACCCACCACCGCCGUUCGACUGCUGUCGACCGAGGUUGACCACACCGACACAGUCGCAACGCCGCACACACCCAAGCUGACACCGACACAUCUCAUCGCACCACCACCGCUCGCCCACCUGACCGACACAACGACGUCCCGCCAGCACCACAGCCCCUCGGCGAAAAUGCCGAGGCGCAUCGCGAAGGCGGUGGAGCGCAACGCUGCGGUCCCGGCCCUCGCGGUGGAGAGCCUCAAUAUCUCCAUCACCUCCGGCACCCCAUCCCCGCUGUCGGAGUGGUCGAAUAAAACACAGAAGCACCCGCGGCCGAGUGACACGCAGCUGCAGCAGAUGCGGAGACUCUUGUCGACCACGGCCGAUAGCGACGACUGCCCUCCUGAAGACGUCACUGGCUUGUCGACCCCAUUGCCCGAGCACUCUCAAGUUCGCGCCGUCGUCGUCUGUUCGCCGACAGCGUGCAGCGGCAGCGCCAAAGGAACGCCCAGCGGCGAUGAGACACUGCAACAAGAACACACCAGCGCCUCCACGCCCGUUCUCGGCGUCUCACACUCGUCGCGGGUAUCGCAGAACUUGGAUGAGGCUUUUGUUGAGGUGGCAUCCGCAUUGGCAGUGGCGGCAGCGGUGGACACGACGGUGACGGGCGUAGAAGAACCAGCGUCGCCCUCUUUGGGCACUCCAGCAAACGUUUCGCGCACACCGGAGAAGGCCGCCGACGGGCCGGACUUGUCGCCGUGCACGGUGUCUUCGAUGACGGUAGGAGACACGGUAACACCCACUCUGCCGCAGUACCGCGGCAGUGUCUGGUUGUGCGAUGUCAGCCGUGAAGAGGAGGACGACCAUGAACACGAUAGAAAGCACGGAGACGGUCCAGCAGACAUGCCGCAGCGCAGCAGGUGCCUUUUCAGUACCGACGCCACCGUAGGCGACGCAGACCAGGAAGACCGUGAGGUGCCGUCGGACGGGCUCGCCAGCCCCGACGAUGACGUACGUCGCUCUCUCUUCUCACAUGACAAGAGGAUGUAUGUGUUUUCGUGCUCACCUGUGACACCGUUUUCUCCGGUACAUCGCCUCGGGUCUCCCUUGGAUGGAGACUUUGCCCUGCCCUACCCACUCUUCCAGCCUCACGUGCUCUCGCCGUACCAAAGGGGGCUUCAGGUGUCAAUAACACAGGUUACGCCAUCCAACACGGAUCUGCUGACGAACGUGUUUGUGGAGAGCGCUACAGAGCCGAUGCUGCCGCAGUUUGGCGGGAGGCCACAGCCAACCGGAGACCACAACAACACCCUCGUGGCCACACAGGAGCUACCAGAUAGGCAGAGUCCGCUGCAUCCGUGUACGCAUACUCCGCCCCAGCUCUUCACCGCGGACGCAUCCAUGCAGCUCUGUCAUGCAAUGACUGCUUCCCUCUCCUCCCACAGCUGCGGUCGCCCCUCCCCGUCCUCGGGUGAUGCAGACAUGGGCACGCAGGUGUUCUGCGGCGGCGCGCAGCUCAUCUCACCCAUUUUACAGCGGCACCACAUUGCGCCGUCACGCGUCACCUUCGUCGGCGAGGGCAGCAGCGCUACCCCACACAAGUUUGCCCACGAACACCCCCGCGACUCCGUGCGCACCUCCAACACGCCCACGAAUCGUCUGAGAGAGGCCCCCACGCACGACUCUCCCGACAACGCAUUUGCAGACGCCUUCGCAAGCCUGCGCGGCCAGCCGGGUAACGCAGGACACAGCAGCCCCCACACCCCGCGCGACGUGUCCGCCGUGGCGGGCCGCGCUGAGAGCGGCUGCGGCAGCGUUUCCGUGCCCUCCACGCCGCUGCUGCCCUCCUUUGACGGGGGAUCUCUCGAGGUGCGGUCGCUGUCCGUGAGCGGCGCGGCGGCGCACCUGGCCGGCAUCGCUGAGCUGGUCCAGCGCGCCGACACGCCGAAGUCGCCGCACACGCCGCCGCACCGACGCACGCCGGGCCCGGCGGGUCUGCACGGUGGCAGCUACACGAGUCUCUCCGAGGGCAGCUACGGCGUCCCCUCGCACCGUCCCCACCACCGCCCGCCGCCCUCGCAGCCACUGACGCCGCAGAAGUCGGCCCGCCGCAGCUUCUCACGUCAGACGACGCCAUCGCAAUCUUUCCGCUCAAAGGUGCAGAGCCACAGCUUCGAGUCUCAGCAGCAGCAGCAACAGCCACAGCUGCUCCACUCGCACCCCAGUGGAUUGUGGGCGGCAAGAGGCCCAGCGAAUACCUCCAACGCCAGCGGUGUGUUCGGCGACGCCACCGUCACCGCGCAGAGGGACUAUCUCGCCCCCAGCCGCAACCCGUUCAGUCUCUAUCGCUCCUUUGAACUGUACACGAACCCUAUGUUUAAGCCCGAGUCUUUUCUUCACAACGCGGAGCAGAAGUGCAUGGACGACAGCACGAACAGCGACGCCAGCACACACGUCAUCAGCGCAGAUCCGCCCUUGACAGAGAAGGAGCGUCAAUUUGUGAAGGAGCUCGCCACCGCGACGCUCCGCCCCGAUGCGGCUGUGGUGCUCUACGAGCAGCUCAUCCCCGCCCCAGCGCACGCACCGGGAAGCCACCGUCCCCGCACGAAGGCUUCCACGCCCUCUCAGGCCUCCUUUGAUCUCCUCCUGCACGCACCGCGUUCCCGCCACCCCGUCUCCGGGCUGGGCAGCGCCGCGCUGACACUGAGCGGCUGUGAGGGGCUGUGUGGGCAGGGCAGGGGUGGGAGCGGCGCAGCGGGAGUUCCCGGUGUGACAACCGACCACCGCAACAACGAAGAGGAAGAGGGAAAGCGAGGUGAAGAGGGAGCAACGGUGCAUUCUUCUGCUGCUGCGCCUACGACAAUCAGGACAACUCCCCACCAGGAUGUGGGUCUCCGCGGUAGUAACACGAACUCACUGCGGCCACAGGUCACGCUGGCGAGUUGCUCCCCACGUCGCGCGGUGACGGAAGUGGAGGCUGUUGCUGCGAUUGUUUCGUCAUCGUCUCUGUUCACACCGAGCCGCGACCUGGGAGAAGCGCAGGCUGCGACAUGUGCGGUGGACACCCCCAUCGGCAUGCGAGUGCCUGCGCCGGGUCAUCAGCCUGGCGACGACUCCCCGUACUCUACUUUCGCCACGUCUACUUCCUCCACGCUAUUUUGCGGUGCGCACGAUCACGACACCCCGAACUGCUCCGCGUCCACCACCGCCUCUUCCGCUGCGGCAGCCGCACGUCAUGUCUUCCACAAUACCGUCUCACCGAAUAGGAAGGACGGCCACGACCCUCUUUCAGCUACGGAAGACGGAGACGUCGACGAGGACGCUGCCGACUCCUCGCCCCCGCCCCGCCGGCCCACAUCGAAGUUUGACUACGGCGACGACGACGACGGCGAACAAUCAAGUCUGUGCACCGAUAGUCGUCUCUGUGCGGAGCGGCAGCUGCAGUUUGGCGCCGAAGAUGCGGAAGAUGAAGAAGAGCGCUCAGGAGGGGACAGCGCGACGGCCAACGGCAGUGGAGAUGCAGCCACAGCAAGCGCGGAGCAGGCCCCUCCCCUCGUCGUGCACUCACCCCUUACUCUGGCCUACAAGGAAGUGAGCACGUGCACGGAGAGCAGCACCGGUUCACCGAACUUCUUACGGAGCACCGUUGCGAAUAUCAACCCCUUCCUCGAGAAACUCUCAACUCCCCCACUGCCGCAUGUACCCGACGCCCUGCACACACGAGCGAGCGAAGACCACCCCGUCACCGCUAUGCUGCUGCCGCCGUCGAGCGCCGCUAGUCAGGUGCCCACAGAGAAGCACUUUGACUUGCUGAAGUCACCCGUCCGACCUCCAUCCCAUCAGGAGCCACAUCACCCACCUCCACCACCACCACCGCAACGCCUGUACACGCCUGCGCAGGAUACUCCGGGGCUGCGCCGAUCUAUGGAAUCCACUUCGGCACAAGGAACGGGCGGUAUGGCACAGCGAGCUCCGCGUGCACUAUCAGUGGAUCUUGCCUGCGACGGCAACGACGUCGCCUCCGUUCUCUCCCUCUCCGCCUACCAGGGCCCCGACCCCGCCCUCGACCCAAUGGAGGCGACCGACGUGAGCGAGGAAGAGACACCCGGGGAUCGCUUCCAGGCGCACCAUGAAUUCCAGUUUCUGCACUACAUCGAGGCGGCCCUGGAAAGCCCCGUCGAGGCCUCCUACGGGACACCAGGGACGAGUCGCAGUGGGGCGGCAGGACGGCCGAUCCCGCUCUGCGUUGAGGUGAACGGCGUGACGUGGCUCGCCACGCACCGCCUGAACGGGCUGCCGUAUGCGGUGAAGGAGGUGCCGGCAGUGGCGUUCAACGUCGCGGAACUGCGGUGCCUCACGCUGUCGAACAGCGGCCACCACAGCCUACAUGAGAAGACGCGACUGGCCUCGGCGCACGUCAUCACGCCCGGGGAUGUACUGGAGGCGGAGGACUACUUGGCUCGCUACUACAGCGUCAGCACACCUCCACAGGACAGCUCGAGGCCAGCGGUGCACCUGCUUCAGUUGGAGUACUUCCCACGAGGCAGCGUACACGACUUGGUGUACGAGGCAGGCAGGAGACUGAGCGCUAGAAAUGGUGUGCCCGCGUCUCUUUCGAAUUCUAUGCGACGCAUCGCACCCGUUGCCUUUCAUGUCGACUUCUGGGAACCGGUUGUGCAGCAAGGGUUGCGGGGGCUGCGGGCGCUGCACCACGCCGGCCUCGUGCAUGGCUGCCCGCUUCCUUGUUGUCUCUUCUUUGCGGGCCACAUUUCCACCCAGCUGCGCGUGAAGUGGUCAUGCUUCGGCAGCGCCCGUGCAAACGCGGAUGUCUACCCAACAGAGUCGCUUCCACCGUGGAUGAGCGAGGCAGUGUCGCUGCUCUACAAGCAAUAUGAGGGCGACGGUACGCUGUCGGUGGCGGUGAUCGAGGUGGCGGUGUUCUGCCUGGGCGUGUUGGAGUUGCUGGUCGAAGACGCACAGGUUAGAGACGGAGGGAGUGGACUGCCCGCACCGCCGCAUGCGACGAGGAACGACGGACUCAGCCACCUCGAGUGGAUGGAAGAGAUAGCCCAACACCGCCACCACGAUCCAAACGACGUGUAUACGGCGGAGGAGGCGCAGCUGCAGGGCUUCAUGCGAUUCCUGUGGAACACGGCGAACGUCUACCUCACCGCAGACGAGGUGCUCUCGCAGAUGGGCGUCCGCAUCGAUCCUGCCCUGCGCACCGCAGAGGAUCUGUACCAGUACGAGAUUGAUCGACUUUGUAGACAACUGCGAGAGCGCAAGCAGCAAUCAAAACGGCGGCAGUGGGCUUCCACCAUCUCUUCUCCUCCUCACAGUCACCACGAGCGAGUCCCGAGCACCCUCUCGCAGGUCUCCGUGGAACUUCCGCCGGCACUACAACCGCACAAAGAGGAAAGUCGGUCCAGCACUUCCGGCGCGAGCGGCGGAGUAUAUCUGCUACCAUGCUUCCCACGAGUCGCUGAUGGGCACGAACUCGCCCGCACGAUGCCCGGCGUGCCGGUUCUCGACGCACCGCAGUCCUUCAGCGGACUACGCAAGAGCCCGCACAUGUUUCCCCGUCGCACCUCCGCUCCCUGCAUUCCCCUGCCGCGCACCGCAUUUCUCGACUCCAGCGGCGAACGUCAACACCCCUCACUGGGUGCACCUGGAAGCGGUGUUUUCCUGCCCCCCAGCAUGGCCUGCACGAGGCCCGCCGUCGCCUCGAUUUCGAUGCUCCCCCUCAAGUUCGAUCGACCCGCCUCUGACGUUUCCGCUCGCAGGUUGAAGGGGCGGCGCGGGAGGUCGGACGUACAUCCCCGUGUGCGCGAGGCGGCGCGGGCGAUGCUGAUGAAGGCGCUGUUCCCACCGCAGUGGAGCGAGGACUCGCUGACGCCGUCGUCUGUCUGGAAGACAAUGUUGGCUCCUGUGGUGUACGCGUUGCGACUGCGCGGGUGGGUGUCCCUCUACGCAGGGCUUCCGCUGGCGGUGACGGGUGCCGGCAAAACGGAGGGCCGGACUGAGGAGGAGACGCUGCAGGCGCUGUUGACUUCGUUGUGGCCCAUGACGUCGUUUGAGUGA